UGAGUUCAUUGAAGUUACACGAGCGUCACGUGACGCAGCACGCCACGUGACGGAGCGGAAGGACUUCGCUUUCUGUUUCUCUGAAACGGGACCAGAGGAGACCGGGUCCGCAGCGGGACCGACGGCUUCACUUCAUCGAUGGGCGACAAACAGGCGACGCGCACCUGCGGCGCGUGCCACAAAGACGUUGCAGAGGCCAACUUCUCUCUGCACGAGACGCACUGCAGACGCUUCCUGUGUCUCUGCCCCGCCUGCGAUGAGCCGGUUCCCCGAGAACAGCUGGACCGACACCAAGAGGAGCAGCACGCCGAGGUGAGAUGCUCCGGGUGUCACGCGAAGAUGGAGCGGCGUCAGCUCGCCGAUCACCAGGCCGACGAGUGUUCCCAGCGGCUGCAGAGCUGCCGCUUCUGCGAGCUGGAGCUGCCUCUCAAACAUCUGGACGAGACCGGCGUGGCCUGCGGGAGUCGCACCGAACUCUGCGCAGACUGCGGCCGCUACGUCACCCUGAGGGGCCUCCCCGACCACGUCGCCGCCGCCUGCUCCGCCUCCGCCGCCGCCACCGCCUCGGGGCCCCCCGGGGCCUGCGGCGGCGCACCACUGCCGAAGAAGACAGAAACGAGGAAGUGCGGCAGAUGUUCGGCAUCUUUUCCGGCGGAGGAGGCAGACGAACACGAGCUGGUGUGUUUCCUAGCAACGCCGCUGGACGACGAGGAGGCGGUAGAGGACGACGUCACCGCGCAGAGGGCCACCCAUCGGCGGCCCAGAGCCGGCCGGGCAGCCGGCCCCGAUGAGGGCGACCCGGACCUGAUCGCCACCUGCCCCCAAUGCCACCUGGCCCUGCCCCUCGCCACACUGCGCUGGCACCAGGUGAAGUGCCAAAUCCUGAGCAACUUGAACUCGGCAAGAUGGAAGACGAGCGUGUGAAGACGUGACGCCGGCUCCGCGUGUCCGUUAACCUCUAACGAAGGAGAACAUUUGGGAUUUCUGUGGUUUGAAUGUUCGAACCGUUAGUUAAUGUGUUAAUGUGUAAAAGGAGCAGUUGCUGCUAGACUUUACCUUAAAACCAAUAUAUGUAAAAAGCUGAAGUGCAUCUGUUUAAGAUGCAUAUAAAUAAGUUUACAUUUUAUGCUUUCAAUCUUCACUCUUUUGUCCUGUAGAAUCUAAUUAAACAAGUCAGUCAGU